AUGGCACUGAAGAGCCCACUCAUGCCUUCACCAACGGGCGGCGGGCUGGACUCUGCCUUCAGCCCAUAUUCCGACUCGCCCAACUCGCCGGCGCGAUUCAACAACACCUUUCAGAACGGCGAUCAUACGCGCAGCAACCGAUCUUCUGGCACCAACGAUAAUCUCGCGCCUCCAGCCAGCCCAUAUCCACAGCAAAUCGAGCCUUCGCCCGUCGAUUCCACAACUUCGAAUGGUACAGAAAGCACCGAGAUAGACGAGGAUGCACAGGAAGAGGGUGUGAAGUCGCCAGGGUUGGAGACAAACAGCGAAGCAUUCGACGUACAAUCGCCAGACCUGGAGAUAACGAGUCCAGAGAGCGCGAAAAGUGAUAUCCCGCACAAACUCGACACACACUUGCCUCCACGACAUCGAUCAGAUUCUGCCGACAAUGAUCCACAAUCUGUCAUACACGCACCUUCCGGUUUCCACGACUUCAAGGACGGUGCUACAACCCACGAGUCGCCUGUCGAACUGCAGCAUACAGCUCGUGUCGCCUCGCCGAGCACGCCAGAAGCAGCAGUGGUUGGACCUGGAGACAAGAAGCCUGUGACAUCGCCGGUAAACACCAACGUCCCGCAAUAUACGGAUCGGUCAACUCCUCGAGCGCAAACCAGGCAAGAAUUGGACGACGACUACAAGCGCAGGAGCCGGCGCACAUCCAGCCUAGAAGACAUUCCCGAAGCACUUGACAAAGAUACCGACGACGAUCGAAAUACCUCGCACGAAGAUGAGAGGCCGAACACGGCCGAACUCGUUGGUGAAGGCUCAAUGCAACAGGCAAUGGACGUCCUAAACCAAGUCGAGGAUGAAGUCGCUGCUCUACGGACAGCACUGAGUGAGUGUUGGACAUUGUGCAAUACCCUGGCCAACUUAUCUUCAAGCCAUCGGCAACGGACUUUCAAGUUCUCGGGCAAAACAGAAGUGCAAGAACAGGCAUGGCGAAGCUGCUGGAAACUAUGUCAGCAGCUCUACGAACACAGAGACGACGAUCAUACUGCUCAGGUUUUACCUACCCUGGAGCUAUGCAGAGACUUUUGCCAAUCAUUGUUCGAUGCGCGGCAGAAGAUGGACGAGGCAUCAGAUUCCGUCUUGCGAGUGAGCUUUGAGCUCAACAAUCAUCUCUACAACACCCACGACCGAGAACUACCAGAUGCAUUCAACGAACGCACACUUGACUUCUACAUAACACUCUGCCACAGACUGAUGAAACAGCGAACGUCUCUUCCCCAGGAGACUGAUUCCUUGUUAAGAGCUUGCUGGCAAUUAGCGGAGAAUUUGUUCAACCUGCGGCAGAGCAGUCGAGAAGGCAGAUCGCCCGACGAGGAACUCCUCGGCUCAGCAGUGCAAGCGUGUUGGGAGCUUUGCGACCUAUUCCGGGAAGGCUGGACGCAGAUACGGCCAGAACGAGCGACGCCCAGACCUAAUCAGACCACUUUUGGGUCCCAGUCCUCUUUCAAGUCCGGCUCUACACGUUCCGCAGGACGUUCCACCUCUAGCACGAUCAGCAACAGAAAGUACCACGAGGCCCAGACUUUCCCGCCAGAGACACCAGUCACCGUGUUUGAUGAUGCUUCGACCGCGAAUUCGUCGCCAGAUUCCAUCAGCGUGCCGAAUAUCCUUGUGCUUGGGCCCGCAAGCACAGGCAGCAACAACUCUGUUCGUGGCGCUCCUCACCACGAGCGAUGGUCGAGCAAUGCAUCAGUACUUAGCGACUACUCCGAGUCUGCCGCCUCGUCACAGCGGUCAUCGUCCACAGCGACUGCUGGCGCAGAAGAGGCCCAACUCGGCCGUUUGAGGUGUCUGCUCCUGAAGGCAGGCAUGACCACGGGUUACAGCCGUGGCUCUGGUCAACAGCUCCCGAUCUAUGUGAAAGCACUACCUGACACGGCCUUUGGGACGUUACCAUGGCAGAUGAAGGUCCUCACAUUCUACAAGAAGCUGGUCACGAAUGACAAGUCCAUGUAUUCAGUACAUCAAGUCCCUUCACGGCGGCUAGGUGCGGCUGGGAUUGCAAAGGCUGUACGAUGGCUUGGCAACAGCGAGCAAUGGGCUUGGAUGAGAGACUUGUUCAGGAUAGUCUUUGGCUUUGGGAUCGACGAAGCAGAUCGCCGCGGAGGAUCGUUCCAGAUAUGA